CGUGUAAUGUUGAAACAGAGUAUUUGUCAUCAUCCCUCACAGUGGGCUGAAUUUGAGUCAACAAAAUCAUUUGCAGCCUUCUCUCUCUUUAGUCUUCUCCAUUGAUGAGCUUAAAAAUGCCCAACUUCCCAUUUCUCUUCUUCACCCACUUUCCUUGUACAUACCCACCUCAAAAACAACAAGAACAGAGCAUUCCAGACCAUUAACAAUCAAAUCCCAAAUGGGUUUCUCAAAAGAAGAGAAAUCGAAGCGUUUAUGGAGAGGAAUCAAAACCCUUUUCUUCUUAAUCACUAUGUUGAUUUCCCUUCUCCUUUUCUCAGCUCCUGUUCUUCUUGUUCUCGCUGAUGCCCUUCUCCCCUCUGCUCUUCUCUCUGCUUCUCUUUACCCUUACUCUUUUUCCCUUAAAUCCAUUCCUUCUUAUCUCAGAAACUACGAUUUUCGAUCCUCCCUUGUCGAUAUUCCUCUCAUUUCUUUCAUAAGAUCCACUAUCAUUAUCUGUGUUUAUAGCUUUUGCGAUGGGCCGAGGCUCUCGCGAGGGCCGUAUUUGGGGAUCACUACCUUUUGUUCUGUGAUUUCUUUGGUGUUUGUUUCGUUGAAGGCUUCGUUUGUGUUUGGUGGAGGCUUGAGGGAUGUUGGUCGAGGAGGAUAUGUGAGAAGCAUGGAGGUAGCUUUGUUUAUGUGUUCUUUGGCUUUGGCUGUUGGCCAUGUUGCUGUGGCGUAUAGGACGAGUUGCAGAGAGAGGAGGAAGCUCCUUGUUUACAAGAUUGAUAUUGAAGCGGUUUCUGCUUGCAAGAGUGGUUUUCCCAGGUACCAAAAGAUUCUUCAAGAGGAAAGGGUGAAGUAAAUCACCAACCCAGGAGAUCAGAAUAAUAAUUAACUUGUUUCGCCCCGGUCUUCAGAUUUCAGGUGAGUUUUAGUUACAACACGUCAACUCGAAACAUUCCAUCGUUUCGCUCUUGAAGUCGCUCGUUUGAGAUCUGAUUUCAGCCUAUUUCUUUCUGAAACAGAUUUCUAGGUAAUAACUUGAAAUCAGUUGAUCUGGAGAUUUAGGAGGUGCAAAGCUAACUAACAUCAUGAUGCUUCCUAUAAAUUUUCUAGUUGUGUCAAUAUGGAUAUUAUAUAGAAACAUACAAUUUUGCCUCAUAUUUAGCCAUCCAAGUUUAUCUGAUGUAAAAUGUAUAUUGUAUAGUAUGGAUCAGUACAAAUAAAAAUGGUAAAAACCUUGUGAUCUCACGAUGUUCGACGCUUGAUUCCGACCCUUUCUAGGUUCGUUUGCUGUCGUCUCAAGUUCUAGGCAUUUGUUUCUUAAAUACUAUUAUGAUCUGUUGUACUUUGUU